AUGUUAAAAUUAAUUUUAAUAAUAAUUUUUAUUAGUCCUAUUUGUUUUAUACAAGGUUUAUUUUGAAUGGUUCAUAAUUUAUUAUUUGUUAUUACAUUUGUUUUAAUUUUAAUAAAUUUUUGCUUAAAUUAUUUUGUUAAUAUUUCUUAUUUUAUAGGAUUUGAUGUUUUAUCUUAUGGAUUAAUUUUAUUAAGAUUUUGAAUUUGUUCAUUAAUAAUUGUUGCUAGAGAAUCUGUUAAUAAAUAUAAUAACUAUAAGAAUUUGUUUUUAUUUAAUGUUUUAAUACUUUUAAUUUUUUUAGUUUUAACAUUUAGAAGAAUAAAUUUAUUUAUAUUUUAUUUAUUUUUUGAAAGAAGAUUAAUUCCUACAUUAUUUUUAAUUUUAGGGUGAGGAUAUCAACCUGAGCGAUUACAAGCUGGAGUUUAUUUAUUAUUUUAUACUUUAUUAGUUUCUUUACCUUUAUUAGUAGGUAUUUUUUAUUUAUAUAAAAAUUGUAAUACAAUAAAUUUUUAUUUGUUAUCAAAUUAUAUAUUUAAUUAUAAUUUGUUAUACUUAGCAAUAAUUUUAGCUUUUUUAGUUAAAAUACCUAUAUUCUUAGUUCAUUUAUGAUUACCAAAAGCUCAUGUAGAAGCUCCUGUAUCUGGGUCAAUAAUUUUAGCUGGAAUUAUGUUGAAAUUAGGAGGAUAUGGAUUAUUACGAGUUUUUAGAUUUUUGCAAUUGAUUGGAUUAAAAUAUAAUUAUAUUUGAGUGAGAAUUAGAUUAAUUGGGGGUGUUUUAAUUAGUUUAGUUUGUUUGCGUCAAACUGAUUUAAAGGCAUUAAUUGCUUAUUCUUCUGUAGCUCAUAUAGGAAUUGUAUUAGGUGGAUUAAUGACAUUAAGAUAUUGAGGUUUAAGUGGUUCUUAUACUUUAAUAAUUGGUCAUGGAUUAUGUUCUUCUGGUUUAUUUUGUUUAGCUAAUAUUACUUAUGAGCGAUUAGGAAGUCGGAGUUUAUUAAUUAAUAAGGGGUUAUUAAAUUUUAUACCUUCUAUAACAUUGUGGUGGUUUUUGUUAAGUGUUUGUAAUAUAGCAGCACCUCCAUCAUUAAAUUUAUUAGGAGAAAUUUCUUUAUUAAAUAGAAUUGUUAGAUGAUCUUGAUUAACUAUAAUUUCUUUAUCUUUUCUUUCUUUUUUUAGAGCUGCUUAUACUUUAUAUUUAUAUGCUUAUAGACAACAUGGAAAAAUUUUUUCAGGUGUUUAUUCAUUUAGUGGGGGAAAUAUUCGAGAGUAUUUUUUAUUAUUUCUUCAUUGAUUUCCUUUAAAUUUAUUAAUUUUGAAAAGAGAAGUUUGUUUAUUUUGAAUUUAA